GUACCAAAUCAAUCUUAGAUCCUUAGAAAUAACCAUCAACAUCUUUCUCAUAAUGACACGUGUGUAUGCUGAUCUGAAUAGUUCAUCCACUAAAAGAUCCAUAAGUGGACCGCAGGCCCAAAAUCAUGCUUAUCAGAAAAUGCCAACCAUGUAAAAUAAGCAUGUCCUGGAUUCUUGGUCCACUGCAAUUUUUCAUCCCAUGAUCAAUUCAUCUUCAUCCCAAAAAAAGAAUGAACGGUUCUAAUCAGCUGGAACCAGAUGAAGUUGAUGUCUCCUCAUUCAUAAUAAUACAAAUAAAGCUCGCAUCUUUAUAAAUACAUCUACCUCCAACCAUUAGAAAGAAAAGAGAAGAAGGGUCCCACCUAUUGUUUUGUAGUGUUCUCCUACUUCUCUUUGAGUGUCCAUCUAGAUACCUUCCAUGGCCAUUGAAAUUACUUGUGGUUGGAUGAAUAUUCUGAUAUUAGUUUUGGUAGCAAUCUCUAUUCUACAUAGCAAUGCAAGAAUCCAAUCUAAAGAUGAAUGCUUGGGAUUGAGAAGACAAUUCAAGCUCCUCAACAAACCUGCUGUAAAGAGCAUUCAGACUGAAUAUGGAGAUAUCUUUGAUUGUGUGGACAUGUAUAAACAACCAGCUUUUGAUCAUCCAUUACUCAAGAAUCACAAAAUCCAGAUGAAUCCCACUUCCUAUCCAAAAGGGAUGGAAAAUCAAGAACAUUCAAAUGCGAAUAUCGAGAUUGGGCUCAAGGAUGGCGGGUGCCCACUUGGGACAGUACCUAUUCGACGGACGAAAAUGCAAGAUCUAUUGAGAGCUAAAUCUCUAUCUGAUUUUGGUAGAAAAAAUGUGUCCCAUCUCCACACCCAGGUGGUUGGUCAUCAUUAUGCUCUUGCAACAUCUGAAGGUCAAGUGUAUGGGACUGGAGUGAGUAUGAAUUUGUGGGGCCCAAUGAUUCCAGAUCAAAGGCAAUUCAGCUUGGCCCAGUUAUGGGUUCUCAAUGGCCCACAGGAUCAGCUCAAUACAAUAGAGGCUGGAUGGAGUGAAGAUCCAAGUCUCUUCGGCGACGCGUUUCCUCGGUUGUUUAUUUACUGGACAGCAGAUGGAUACCAGAAAACAGGCUGCUACAAUAUACUGUGCCCUGGUUUCGUACUAGUUAGCAGAGACGUAGCCGUUGGUGCUAUCAUACAACCAACUUCUACCUACAACGGAGCUCAGAUGGAAGUGCCACUUCUAGUAUUCAAGGACGCAAGUACAGGUAAUUGGUGGCUGGCAUACGGAAACAACAACGUUCAAGUAGGCUACUGGCCAAAGUCCAUCUUCACAAGCUUAGCUGACAGUGCAGCUGCACUUGCAUGGGGUGGUGAGGUGUAUACACCUCCAGGUAGCAGGAGUCCUGAAAUGGGCAGUGGCCAUUUUCCUGAUGAAGGGCUGAGAAAGGCUUGUUAUAUGAGGUUAUUGAGGUUUGUGGACAAUGAAAACACCCUUAGAGACAUUCCCAACAAAGUCACCCUAUUUGAAGAUAUACCUCAAUGCUACAAGGUGAUUGAUGGUGGUAAUUACUUAGGUGGGGUUUGGGGUAGGAAUAUCUAUUUUGGUGGGCCAGGUGGAUGCUAGAGUUGUGA